GUUCAAAACUGUGUUUCAAUAGUUUGGCGCAAAUGGUGACAAACUGUCACUAAAUAUGACUAACAUUUAGUCGUCAGUGUCAACGGUAUUGGUGAGCAUUGGGUCAGUCAUACAGUCAGUCAUACAGUGAUUAGACACUCAUGAAGGCAUUGAGUGAGUGAUUCAUAUGAGACAACAUUAGCCAUACAAUUGGCUGAACAUUCAGUCAUUGAUUGCAGCAUUUGUGAAGUGAUUGCAAGCAAUGGAUGAUCAUAUCAUUUACGAGUCAUCCGAAGCCGUGGUUAAAGUGCAGAAGAAGAGGCUGAAGGCAUACAAAGAUGUGAUAAAACAAAACACGUGUCGAUCGCAACGCUUUCCUGUGGUUCGUAUCGAUCGGUUCCCAAAACUUGACAAAUACUGCACUCAUGUCCAGACAAACGGAUUCAGUCAAUCCAUUGACCACAAGAUCAACCGAUUGUGUCGACAGCUGUCGAAUGAGACCAAUGGAGACGGUUUGAGUGACUCGAGUGAUCGUAAGACCAAUAACCAGAAGAAGAGGAGUCACGAAGAGAUGAUAGACUUGUGUGUCAUUCAAGAGGAAAACGAUGAGUUGGACUUCGAAGAGGAGAGCCUUUCGAAGAAGUUCUUGAAAACCAAUGAAUACAAGAGAAAGAGCUCUUCGGCCGACACGAGGAAUGACGUGAAGAAUGAGAGCAAAUACACGAAAUUAAAUGACUUUGAGAUUACGUCUGAGGCUCCGAAGAAGUCUUAUAAUUACAUUCCGAGCCAAAGAAGUAGUGAAAUGAAGGGAAUGUCUGUUUAUAGCGAUAAUAACUUGAAUACUGACACGAAAUUCAAAAUUCCUAAAAGAGAUUCACAAAACAUUGAGACAAUUGUCGAGAGGACGCAGACCCUGAAGAACAGUCGCCGAUGGGUCGACGCCUUCGAUCAGUUGUCCCGUAAUCUGAGUGAUGAUCAGUGGGAUAGAGAGGACGUGAUUGAACUGUUGGUCCAAAUCGCCAAAGGAAUGGCUGCCGGCAAUGACUUCUGCAGCACUAAAAUCAAUCAUCACUUCAAUGCAUUGACCGAUAAAUUGAAAACUCUUAAGUAUAUCGAAGACGAGUUUUGGGAUCAAAUCAUUUACAUGGCGUCCAAGAAGAAUGAGAGUAAGACCAAUAGUCAAAUCAAUGCCUUAUUGUCGGGACUUUACGACUAUCUCUUGGAUAAUAAGAUCAGCGCUCGUCUCGUGUGCACUGAAGCCGUGGUCGUCGCCUAUCGCGUCCACACCAAACAUGCGACCGCUAAAGACUUAUUGGAUUUACAGGCCACACCCACCACCAUAUCAUGUGUGAUGCCAUCUGUGGCACCAUAUGAUGGCGUGAAUGACGAGUGCAAUGGUUGGCGAGUGUCGUACGCAAGUGCCCCUCAGGUGGCGCUGCUUUGGGUGGCGUUGGGGGCGGAG